GGGAGCACAGCGGUCCCGCAGCGGUUCCAGCUGAAGUGGCACCCGUCUUUCGCUACCCCUUGUUCCUGGGUAGCUAUCCUUGAAGAUCGUCCUCGACUUUUCUUUAUCCUUACCCAUUUAUCCUCCUACUCCAUCACAGCCCCCAGCACCUGAAUACCCACCACUCUGGGCGACCCCACGGGUUUUUUUUUCCCGCCGCAAAACCCGCGACCUCCAGCAGCCCGCCCCCGCGGGCCCGAUCCCGUUUGGUGGCUGUAGCUGCAGCCUCCUCAGCCUUCCCGCUCUCCCAGGGAUCGCACGACUGCCACCCCAGUGUCUGCCCUCGGACUUCCCCGCUCCCUCCUCCCGCUCCCUCGGAGCCCCCUCCCCCGCCCUGGCUAUUCGGCAUGCAGGUGUCUAUCGCGUGUACCGAGCAGAACCUUCGCAGCCGGAACAGUGAGGACCGUCUCUGUGGACCCCGACCGGGUCCUGGGGGCGGUAAUGGAGGGCCAGUGGGCGGAGGGCAUGGGAACCCUCCGGGGGGUGGAAGUUCGGGCUCCAAGUCACGAGCUGCAGUGAUCCCCCGACCCCCAGCACCUGCUGGGGCCCUUCGAGAGAGCACCGGCCGAAGCACUGGCAUGAAAUACAGGAACCUAGGAAAGUCUGGACUCCGGGUGUCCUGUCUUGGCCUUGGUACCUGGGUCACAUUUGGUUCUCAGAUCUCAGAUGAGACAGCAGAAGAUCUCCUGACAGUAGCCUAUGAGCACGGUGUAAACCUGUUUGACACCGCUGAAGUGUACGCGGCAGGAAAGGCUGAAAGGACCCUAGGCAACAUCCUCAAGAGCAAAGGUUGGAGGAGAUCAAGCUAUGUGAUCACCACCAAGAUUUUUUGGGGAGGACAGGCAGAAACUGAGCGUGGCUUGAGUCGCAAACACAUCAUUGAAGGCUUGCAAGGAUCCCUGGACCGCCUCCAACUGGAAUACGUUGACAUAGUAUUCGCCAAUCGUUCAGACCCUAACAGUCCUAUGGAGGAGAUUGUGAGAGCCAUGACCUAUGUCAUCAACCAGGGCCUGGCCCUAUACUGGGGGACAUCCAGAUGGAGUGCUGCAGAAAUCAUGGAAGCCUACUCCAUGGCCAGACAGUUCAAUCUGAUCCCUCCUGUGUGUGAACAAGCGGAGAACCACUUCUUCCAGAGGGAGAAGGUGGAGAUGCAGCUGCCUGAGCUCUACCACAAAAUUGGUGUGCAGACCCUUCGUCCCCCCUUUCCUGUUUCACCCAUGAUAUACGUCUCUGUUCCACACCAAAUCCUCUUGCUCUUAGGUGUUGGCUCAGUUACUUGGUCUCCCCUGGCUUGCGGCCUCAUUACUAGCAAGUAUGAUGGGCGAGUUCCGGAUACUUGCAAAUCCACCGUCAAGGGCUACCAGUGGCUCAAAGAAAAAGUGCAGAGUGAGGAAGGCAAGAAGCAACAAGCCAGAGUGAUGGACCUUCUCCCCAUCGCUCACCAGCUAGGCUGCACAGUGGCACAACUAGCUAUAGCCUGGUGUCUCCGAAGUGAGGGUGUCAGCUCAGUUUUACUGGGGGUGUCCAGCGCAGAGCAGCUGAUGGAACAUCUGGGCUCCCUACAGGUGCUGAGUCAGCUGACGCCGCAAACGGUGAUGGAAAUAGAUGCGCUCUUGGGGAACAAAUCGCAUUCCAAGAAAUAGUCCGUUCGGCACGCGGGAACCCAUCGCGGAGCGAUUGCACCCUUUGGAAAACCACUUUCCUGCAUCCUGCAAUCAGCUCCAGAUCCCCACCAACCAAACCCUGCUCCCACGCAGCACCGCGCAGAAUCAGGGUAGCCCCGCCCACCAACGAGUCCCGGCUUCGAGUAGCGAUUCGCAUGAACAAAGCCAUAUCCUUUCACCGUGGGGCACCGGCACAAGAGAGAAAGUAGAUCUCCCGCCCACCCUCUUAUCCCCUGCUCUUUCCUAGAGCUAGGCCUUCUAGCUAAUCCAGGGCAUGAGCCUUCGCCUCUCUGCCAUUUGGUCUCGCACUGCUCCGUACAUUUCUUCCCCCUAUUGCUGAAAGCCAGAAAACAUGGAACAGCUAACAGAAACAUUGAGAGUAUCUCAAAAAUGGGCCUUGAAAUGUCAUCAAGGGGGCAAGAACCUACACCGGGAACAGGGGCUUUGUAGUAUUUCUUUAAUAGAAGCCAGGCCGGCCCUGGCAGAAACUAAUUAUAAUCUUUGGAAAGCAGCCUCCUGCCUCUUGCCUCCUGCCUGGAGGUGGAGGACUUAAAUCUAGAACUAGGGUCACACUUUGUUGCUUGCAGAGAGGGGAUAAAGUUGGGAAAGACAAAUGUUGACAAAGGCAGAAAGAAAUGAGCUGGCAGUAUUGCAGAUAUGGCAAGGUGGCCCUUAGACAACAAAGUGCUUUGGGGGAUUUAGUGACACCCUUUGGGCCACCGGCAAAGAUGGGGUUGUAAAAGGUCUGGGGAAAGCCUUGGGCUUGAACUGGAUUUAGUAUGUAGCAGCUGAGGACUUCAGUCUUCCUCAUGGCAAUAAACCUAAAGCAAUAAAGAUGGCCCCUCUGCUGUAAGACUUCCCAGGGAACUGUAAAUAAAAUCUCAGCUUGAUCCUCA